AGGUGAGUGUCUGAGAGGGGCAUGAGCAUGUUUAUUAUGGGAAUUUGGGGUUUACCAUUCAUUCAUUGUUUGUGGCCAGCAGAGGAGAUGAAACUGGACUGUGAGACAUGGGGCACGAGCAGAUUACCUUAUUCUUUUUUCCAUUUCUUUGUCAAGCCUGGAUCAGAACUGGGCUAGCUGGAUGGCUGGAUGGCUGGCUUGGAAUGGAUGUCUCUUGCGGAGAAGAGAGACAGGCUUCCCCCCAGACGGCAAAUUCCACAACAGGGCCGGCCCGGGUAGAGGGAAUGGAGCUGAAGCUGAAGCUGAAGAUAUCGUACACUACUGUACAUAGACUAGUUGGUGGAGAGAGUGUGAAGAGGCCGCGGACGUAGGAAGUUGCCGGUUCUCGAACUGGCCUGGCCAGUCAAGGGUCGGGAACGAGGGGGCCAAGAGUGAAAGCCACCAGUCACUGCAACGUUAGGGGGAGGGCGCACGGGCCAAGGCAGCGGGCCCCCAAGGUGCAGAGCGGGCCUGUGGGGACAGUCAGUCCAACAGCUUCCAUCCAUCUGCCAAUCCCUCGACCGACACGACAAGUCUUGUCUCUUCCCCUCCCCCCCCCCCCAAAAGCUCAAAACAUCGACAACUCUUUGGCAGGAAGGACAGGAGCACACGACAUCUUCUGCCCAUCCCCCCCUUUCUCUUUUGUUCCUUUUUCAACAGCGGCCCCAUUUGAAGAUACCCAAGAUACCCUUUUUUCGCCGCAUUUCCAUUUCCACUCCUUUUAGCCCCAAUUGCCCACGACAAGCACCAGACGCCGCCUCCGCCGCUCCCGUCGACCACGACAAGCCUGCUGCUGUGUCUUCUGCCUCCCUCGACUCCCCCCUUCUCCUUCAACACCACAACAUCACGCAGCCCUGGCAUCCGCCCUGUAUUUCCACGCUCCGAGAGCAGCGAGCACAUUUGAGUCAUCAUGAAUAAAAUAACAGCCAUGCGUCACUGGCCAACCAGCAACUUCAUCUCGCGAAACAACAUGGCUGGCAUGCCGGCUAUCAACACUCGUCGAGAUGUCACAACACAGGGGCCACCCCCGAUACCCACACCCCAGCUCCCCAUCGGCGAGCCUACCAUCCACUAUGCCUUCAACGUCCCCUUUGCCUCCGAUCUCGCCGGCCCCGACACCGAGGACAUUCUCCACGCCACCACCGAUGCCGUCCUCCGCUGGACCCAUCCUGUCGAGGCCCCCGACGAUGUCCCCGUCCACGCUCUCCACGUCCAUGUUAUGAACCUUGAGGGCCUCCGUCAGCUAUGCCACAGCAUCACGACAAACCCCCUGCCCAUCGAGGCACACGUUCUUUCGGGCACUCCCAAGAAUGCCCGCGGUCUCGUCACCACGGUGUGCUUGUCCGGUCCCGCCGACCUGGUCUAUCAAACACGCGAGGCGAUCCUGAACAAGACCCCCAUCUCACUACGUUGCACAACUGUUGAUGUGGACGGCAAUCUGGUUGCCAAUCUUGCCGAAGGCGUUCUGAAGAAGUCGGUAACAGACUUUCUUGACGAAACCUCGAGAUUUUGUGGCGUCGACAUCUUCCUCCUCGGGCCCAAGCUUGCCCCGGUGGUUGAUGGCUUGAACGGCGAUGUGGAGCUCCGGAGAGACCAGCGCUGGCGGGUGGCCAUUUAUGGCGACAACAUGUCUGCGGAGCAUGCCAAAACCCGCGUUCUUAUUCAUAUUGAUCAACUCCUGGGGCGGGUUGCUGACUCUAUCAAUGUCGACUAUAGCGUCCAGCAGAUCUUGAUCGGACGCAACCGCAAGAACAUCAAGCUGAUCGAGUCAUCAACCAACACGGCCAUCUACUUCCCUCCGCCGUUCCUGAGCUGCUAUUCGUAUUGCCCACCCGGCGCAACACGUCGUGGAGAGUCUGAUGUCUUCAUCACUGGCGAGAACACGCAAGCUAUCGAGCAGGCAAAGUACAAGAUUCAUGAGUACCUCACGCGUGUCAGGCUCUACGUGAAGGAUGUUCAGAUUACGCCUGCCAAGCUCGACAGUGUUCUGCUCACUCGUAUGGACAAGGUGAGGAAGAUUGCCGAGAACAACAAUACGCAUAUUCUGCCACCCAGUCUUGGGUCCAUGAAAAACGUGGCUCGCUUCCAAGCCCUAGAGAACUUGCCCCUAGAGCGUUCUGUCCGCGAGUUGAUGGCCUUGGUUGGACAGUUCUACACGGCUACCUGGUGGAUCUCUCAUCCCGACAACCGCCAGCCCAUGCCGACUCCCAACGAUAUUCGGACCAUGCUCAGCGAUAUUUGUGCCAACUCGGAAGCCGAUGUGAAGUUUGACAACCGGUGCUUCACCAUUUCAGGCUCGGAUGAGGCUGUCAAGACCGCUUUGGCCGUCAUCAACGAUAUCAAAUGGGUCAAUCAAUCUCCCCAGUCCCAGAUUCGAGUCAAGAUCGAGCUCGCCAACGAACAUAAGGAAUUUGUGAGCGGAAAGAAGAAUGGCAAGAUCAACAAGAUCAUGGGGCAGAGCAACGUGCAGAUCAUCUUCGACACGUUUGGCGAGUACAACUUCAACAUCGAGGUGGUCACACAUUCGUACGAGGCUGUCAAGCACGGAUUAACACUGGUGGAGCAAGAGAUGCCGGCAUCGAUUUCGUUCCAUGUCCCGGAUCAGUACCACAAACGCAUCAUUGGCAUUGGUGGGCAGCAUAUCCAACGCAUCAUGAAGAAGCACUCGGUCUUUGUCAAGUUCUCCAACGCAAUGGAUAGAGGCGGUCUCACCCGAGAAGAUGACGACUCUAGGGUCGACAAUGUGAUCUGCCGCACCCCGGCACGCAACGCUCAGAAUCUUGAACUCGUGAAGAGCGAGAUUCUUGAGAUGGUUUCCAGGGCUGACUCUGAAUUCAUGAACCAGACUGUCAAGAUCGACCGCCUCUACCAUCGUGAGCUGCUGUCCAGGUUGCCCGAGAUUGAAGAGAUAGAGAAGAUGUGGAACUGCAAGAUUGUUUUCCCUAGUACGGAGCAGGCCACCGAUGAGCUCACUGUGUCUGGACCUCAGUGGUUGGUGCCCAAGUGCAUUGAUUCAUUUUUGGGCAUGGUUCCCGACAAGCAUGAAGUCGUGAUGGAGCGGACUCCUACUCUGAUCAGAUUCCUCGAGUCCCCGGAGUUUGUUCAGAACAUUGUCCCCAAGCUGAAGACCCAGUACGAAGUCGAUGUCACGGUGCACGAGAAUUCCGAGGAGCGUGCCGCCAACGGCAACCCCUCCGUCACUCUGCUUUGGCAGUUCACCCGUAACAAUGCAGGUGGUGUCUCUGAUGCCAUGGACUUCCUCCAGGGCGAGUUUGCCACUGCCGGAGUGGAGCCCGUCUUCAUCAGAGGUGCUCUGUCCCGCCCGAAGCCGGACACGUUCGAAGAGGCGCUGCCGUACUUUGACUCCAAACUUCUUCAGCACGCACCAGCUCCGGUUGCCACCGACUCUCCUACCAAGCCUUCGUUCGGCGAGGAGACUGCUCGGGAACGGUCUAGUCUCUUGGAACGACUUCGCAGACCUGGUAGUGGCAUGUCCUCGAUCUCGUCCUUCUUGGACCGCAGAAAGAACAGCUCGCACUCGGCCACCAGUUUUUUCAAGGGCUCCAGCAACGUCUCCAAGUCGUCGCUCGUGUCGAUCGAAUCGACUCGCAGUUUCAAUGCGGACCGCAACCCCUGGAACGACAGUGGUGUCAACCUCGCCGACGAGGACUCUGGCAGCCCUUGGCCCUCGGCAAUUCUUGUUGGAAACGGGAUUGGCAACAAUCUGGCCGUCCCUCACCAUGGCGACAUGACUCCUCGCCACGCCGCCCGUCGGUCUGACGACAGCGGGCGUCCCUCUACCUCUCAUUCAACAAAUUCAGGAUACCCCGGCCCUCUUGUGCCAUUUCGUUAACGUUUAACGUCUCGAUGGUUGUGAUUUCGCCAGAUUUUAGACACGCAUUGUUUGCUUUUUUCUCUGACGUGUUGCGGCGAGGAAAAGAAAUACCCAAUACCCCUUAUGGCUGGAUAUACCCAAUGGCGUAAAGUAAAAUACCCUGGUAGUUGUGUUGCUUUUGCUUUUCGAAUCUCAGUUGGACCGCGCGUUGGGAAUCUUGGUUUUGUUAUUUCUCACUUCUGUCUUUGUUUUGUACUUUUUUUUUUUCUUUUUUCCUUUCGGGCCUCUUGUCAUGGCUUAUGGGGGACAAUAUCUGUUCUGAUCCCUACCAUGGGAGUAUGACGCGGGAGGAGAUUGAGAUGAAGACGAGCAAGGACAACAAUUUUUUUGGUUUUUUGACGCAUCAUGAUGUUUGUUUUUUCGGUUUUUUUUCUUUCUGAUUUUCGCAUUUCAUUUCGGAGGAUGGAGGAUGGCAACCGGUUUUGUUUUUUUCUCUUUCUCAUUUCUCAUUUUUGAUGUCGUCGAUGCGUCUUUUUCGAGUUUUCUUUUACUUGAUACUUGAAAAAGCAGCUUUAUACCCGGUGUGUGUGUGU